AUGGCUAAAAUUCUCCAUCGCCGAUUUGAUCUUCUUUUGACGGUGACCACCGUGUUAGUAUUAUUCUCUAUGGUUCCGGUUUCAAACUCUGUUCCAUUCUUACUCUUUCACGGAAUUGGGGAUAAAUGUUCUGGUGGAGUUGGUAACUUCACGCAACUCUUAAGCAACCUCUCCGGCUCCUCUGGCUCUUGCUUAGAAAUAGGAAUUGGAGAGCUUGACUCAUGGUUCAUGCCACUUAAGAAGCAAGCUAGUGUAGCUUGUGAGAAAGUGAAAGAAAUGAAAGAGUUGAGUCAAGGUUACAACAUUGUUGCACAAUCUCAAGGAAACUUAGUAGCUAGAGGUCUUAUCGAGUUCUGCGACAAUGCUCCUCCUGUCUUUAACUAUGUCUCCUUAGGAGGUCCUCAUGCUGGCAUCGCUGCAAUCCCCAAGUGUGAUUCUGGUCCAAUAUGUGCUAUAGCUGAAGCUAUGAUGAAGUUAGAGAUCUAUAACGAUUUCGUUCAAGAUCAUAUUGCUCCUAGUGGUUAUGUCAAGAUCCCUGGCGAAAUGUCAAAGUAUCUGAAACACUCAAAGUAUCUACCAAAGCUUAACAACGAGAGACCUUACGAAAGAAACUCAACUUUCAAAGACCGUUUCGCCAGCUUACACAACUUGGUUCUUGUCAUGUUUGAGGAUGACACAACAUUGAUCCCUAAAGAAACUUCUUGGUUCGGAUAUUAUCCAGACGAUGGAUUUGAUACUCUUCUCUCAACUCAACAGACAAAGCUAUACAGAGAGGAUUGGAUUGGUCUGAAAACAUUGGAUGAUGCAGGAAAAGUCAAGUAUGUGAGUGUUUCAGGGGAUCACCUCAACAUAGCCGAUGAGGAUGUUGUCAAAUACGUUGUGCCUUACUUAAAGCAGAGUAAUCUCUGA